AGCUUAUUCUCUCGCGGUUUGGGUUCUACUUCUUGGGAUCUAUAGCAAAAAAUCAAUCGAAGUGUAGUACUAGUAAAAAACUCCAACAUCCGCGGCAGCAUGGGGCCGCCUCGUCCGCGGCCUCGUGUGGCGGUGCUAUUUCAUGGUCUUUUCCACCUUGUGCUCAAGGAGGCGCCGGACCCGGAUGGUCUCCGCGGUCUCGCGUUAACCCCUGGCAUGUUGCGCGAUGUUGCAAGGCGCGUCCGGCGCUUUGUAAUCGAGCCAAACCAGGAAGUAUCAAAUGCAAAAGUGUCUGGGUCUGGGAGGUUGCCAGGUUUGUCAUGCAUAUUUUGCGUGACUCAGGAUGUCUGUAAUGCAUGAUCUAGCAGGACAUAUUUUUAGAGGCCUUCCUGAUGCCUAUCCCGCAUGACAAAUGCCCUCCUCGCGUAGUACAAACUAGGCUCCUCUUGCUGGUCAUGCAAUACAUAAUUUUUUAGAGUCCACAGUUAGCAUCACAAGUUCUAACCUUCCAGACCCAGACAUAUUUGCAAUGCAUAGGAAGACUUCGCAUUUGACAUUUUUGCCUCGACGUGGAGCUGUAUCAAAUGUAAAAAUGUCUGGGUCUGGAAGAAUGCAACUUGUGAUGCUGCCUUUCGAUUCCAAAAAAAUCUGUAUUGCUUGAGCAGCAAAGGGAAUUUAAUUUUUGCUACGCGGAGAGGGCAUUUCUCAUGCGGAAUAGGCAUCAAGAAGCCCUCAAAAAAUCUGUGAUGCUAAGGCACGCAUCACAGACGUCAUGGCUCAUGCAAAACGUGCAUGACAAGUCUCAAAAUUUUCCAGACCCAGACAUUUUUACAUUUGAUAAGCUGGGAGUCAACGUCAAUAACCUCGGCGAAAAUAUUCAAAGACUACCCAACUCCAUCAAGUGGGGCUCUGCCAGCCUGGAUGACAGAGGAAACUGCACACAACGGCAGCACCACAGCCACAGCUCCGAAGAUGUUGAACGGGACAUCAGCUGCGACGGAGGGACUUUUGCGGCAGAUCUUCUCGGAGGCAUUUCUACAACAACCUCCGAAGGGGGCUGAUCAUGAGCAGGACGAUGAACAAGGGAACCCCAAAGUUGUUCUAUCGAGCUCGAAGGCCGCCGCGGCCACCUCCUCCGGGAAAAACUAUAAUUCCAGCAUGAUCAAUCUGGUUGAUAUCUCUGUCGCGCCCUAUCCGCGGGAGUAUCUUGGGCGGAAAAAAGUGCACAGUCCCCUGUAUCAAAUGCAAAUUUGUCUGGGUCUGGAAGAACGCAGAUUUUUGUCAUGCUCAUUUUGCAUGACACAGAAGGUCUGUCAUGGAAGCUUUAGAAUUACAGAUUUCGCUGCCUAUGCAUGAGAGAUUCGCGUGUGUUGUGAAAUGCGCAUCACAAGUUCGCAUCCUUCCCGGCCCAGACAUAUUUGCAAUGCAGACCCUGCUGGACCGGUUUAUGCUUCUGGAAAACUACAUGCGUCCGGGUCAGAUCAUCUCGCUGGCAAGAGGGGUGGCCAUGAUGGAAAGGCACAUAAUGAAGAAGAAGAAGAUGGACCUGCAAGAUGAUGAGCCAGGUAGUGUUCUGGCACGACCACCAGGGUUUGCAACUACAACAGCAUCCAGUAGCCGCCAAGACUACUACGAUUUUGUGCUGGCGACGCGAUUCGAUCAGGUUUUUUAUCGCCCUUUCCGGUUGAGUAUGAACUGCAAGAGCAACAUACUAGGAGUCAUUGCAUCACAAAUUGGCUGACGAGCAUUUACAAAUACAAAUGAAAUUUGUAUUUAUGCCGUUUUACCUGCUUACUAAGGAGAUUUUUCAUGCAUAACAGCAAUUGCGAUGAGUGCGAUACUACUUUUGCAGUAGAGCAUAUUGAGUCAUUUGUCCAAGGAGUUUUUCUACGUCUCAAACUGGUGCGACUUUGACUCAAAGUGGACCAGCAGUACUAGUGGUCGCAGAAAGACGAACUCUGCUUCAGAAGGUGACGCUGUUCCCCUGCAAGAAGAACUACCAGAACGACACACUUCCGCACAACUAAUAGAGGACCACGAAAAGGAACUGCCGCAACUGGAAAUUUUUCCGGCCACGGGCCCGCCGUCUCGUUUUGAGCGGGCCUGGGUGGGCGUGCCAGACACCUACUUAUUGGCGUCGUGGGACAAAAUGAAGAAAUUUGUCUCCAACUUUUUCUCCGACCUAUGAACUGCAAAAUCUGUAUCGUACUCGUAGUCGUACUAAUCCAUUGCAGUUAUGCAUUACAAAUCUUUCGCUUGAGGUAAAUCCGCAUUACAAAGUUUUUUUCUCAUGCUGAUUGAAUUUGUAAUGCGUUUCUACGAGUACGAUACUUUUGCCAUUCAUAUGACCUUUUCGCCGGCAAAUUUUCCUCCUGGACCGCGAACCAUAUGACCCGCUCAAACGUUACAAUCUCAAACGUUACAAUAGAAUCUGAGAUUUGUCUUGCAUGAUCAACAUGACAGACUCGCAGAGCGUUCUACUUUCUGCAAUACAAAUUUCGCCAGAUUGUAGUGGGGUUUGGGGCUCCGGAACUUGUCAUGCGCAAUCCUACAAGAGUUUGCUAGAUCAAGCAAUUCUGCAUCACAGAUUUCCAUAUUCUAUUGUAACAGUUGAGAUUGUAACAGCUGAGCGCGUUAUAAACCACGGAACGGUUUUCUCCCGGCUGGCCCUUUUGGAGCUGAAGGUCGCUCGGUACCAAGUUUUCGAGUUCGAUAAUCUCGUCUACCGCCACCAUUAUUUUCUGUAUCACGGACUACGAAAACUACAACUGUCGCAUGAUGAAAGAAGUACUAAACAAGCAACAAACGAUAUCCUGAGAAAAGACGUCUUGUUCACCCUAGAGUUGCAAUGCAAAUCUGCAUGCCGAAAAAGUUUCUCAUGCGGAGCCCCAUGAAAAGCAUUUUCUAGUCCAGUUUUGGAAUUUGUCAUGCUAGAAUCAGCAUUAUGUGCUAGAUCUGUGAUGCUGCUGAACUAGCUAAACAGGACUACACAACUAUAAUGAGGGGAAAACUGUCAUGCGAAACAACCAAAGCUGGCUGAUUUGUCUAGCAGAUUUCCCAUCUUGACUAUGGUGUGGGGACGUUUAUUUUCCACAGGAUAAACGACACGCACGGGCAAGAAGAUGCGACCACCACUUUCAACGGCAUUAACCCCUUUGCCGGGGAUUUGCCUGGAGACCCAGACCCCCCACAUUUCGCCACAAGUAGACUUCAACAUUUUUUCCCGGGCGGGGCGAGGAAUGCAACUCCGUCGGCCCACCGCGGGUCUUCAACCCUUUCGGCUCUUACGCAGAGAGCAGAUGAAAGAACAGUCAGUUCCUCAGGACGUGAGAUGGUGACCACGGAGCACAGCACUGCUCUCGAAGAAGAAGAACGGACACCGGCCAAGCAUGAAGUAAAGGCCGCCGAGAAAAGGAGAGCACGACUGCACAACAGUUUAGUGCAAGCCUCUGGCUUCUUCAAUAAACUUGUGCGCGGCCGGCGGUUGUUUCGCGACGGACGCGGCGUUCGGAGAUUUUCGCCCUACUGGCCCGGGUAUGUGUUUUCAAAGUGCGGAAGAACAAGAACGGAAGAUGCCGCACGAGAACCGGAAAGUUUAAUCUCUGAACUCAAGAAUGAACAAGUAGUUGAUGAUAUGCAAGAAAAAAACUGUGUAAGUGUAACUCUGUAAUGCAGAAUAUGCAACAGAGUUACGCCUGUCAUGCCAGACAGCCAUGAUGUCCUCUUUUCAUGUGUGUUUUCCCUUACAAGCCGUGCAUAACAGAUUUUCUCUGUCAUGUAGAGCAAAUUUGUGAUGCUGGCAACCAAAGAAAGUUACACUAACACAGUUUUUUUCUUGGAUAGAUGAUGUACAACCACCUGCAGCAAGAAAUCAUAAACCAGAUGGAAAAAUCAUUCAGCGCCUGGAAUACGUUAUCAAAUGUAAAAAUGUCUGGGUCUGGAAGAGAGCACUUUUGUCAUGCUUGUCUGGCAUGACUCUCAAAUCUGUCAUGCACGUUACUUACCCAAGAGCACAGUUUUUCUGUCAUGCAGAAACGCAGUCUGUCAUGCAGAAUAGGCAUCACCUAGAAGCUCAGAAACUUGUCAUGCUGAGCCAGCACUUGUGGCCUCCUCAUGAUACGCCACCCAGCAUCACAAGUUUCCAGACCCAGACAUUUUUACAUUUGAUAUACGUGGACCGUCUCUACCACAGCGACAUUGCUGUGCCGGAGUCCCUCGCUUUGUCAGGUCUGCAGUUGAAAGAGUUUUUGUCGAGGAGUAUGAAGAUCGAGCAGCAGGAAGACCAGGACCACAGAAUCAUGUUAUAA